GAGGUGAAGAUCUUCCGUGCCUUAAUCCUAGGGGAGCUGGAGAGGGGCCAGAGCCAGUUCCAAGCGCUCUGCUUCGUCACACGGCUUCACCGCAACGAGAUCAUCCCCAGCGAGUCUAUGGCAAAGCUGCGGCAGAAAAAUCCCAGGACGGUGCGGCAGGCUGAGGAGGUGCGGGGCCUGGAGCACCUCAGCAUGGAUGUAGCUGUCAACUUCAGCAAGGGGGCCCAGCUGAGCUCUCACAUCCACAAUGUCUGUGCAGAGGCCAAAGAAGCAAUUUACACUCGAGAAGAAGAUGUCAAAUUUUGGCUGGAGAAAGGGGUGGAUGGCUCCAUGUUCGAGGUCCUGCCACAGACAUCUGAUCUCCCUGACCUGCAGCGUUGCAAGCUGUGUGCAGACCGCUGGAAACCUUGCAUUUGCAGCUACUCACUGAGCAUCGAGUGGUACCCGUGCAUGCUGAAGUACUGCAAGAGUCGUGAUGCUGGGGGCAAGGUUUCUUCUUACAAAUGUGGCAUCCGCAGCUGCCAGAAGGGCUACACUUUCGAUUACUACGUGCCGCAGAAGCAGCUGUGUCUCUGGGAUGAGGAGACCUAGCACAGCCAUGCCAGACCUUUUCAAGGGGCAGCUCAUCUGCCUCCUGCCACCAUCUAUGAUGCUAAGGGCCUCCUGGAGCUGGCUGCUCCGAAGAAGGAGUAUGGUUCACAGUGGUGCCUUGUACCAGGAGAGCUCUGUGUGUGUGCCUUUCCGUCUGGCCCCCUGUGACUCCCUCCCCACCUGAUGCUGCCUCAUACUGUGAU